CAUCGCAAGAAACACAGCGGUCCCAAGGCUGGCAAGAAAAAGAAGCGUCAUUUGAAAGAUUUAGGGAUCGAAGAUGAAGAGGAUGCCAGGAAGAGAAACCCCAAGGCCUUUGCUGUCCAGUCUGCAGCCCGCAUGGCCAGAUCCUUCCACAGGACACAGGAUUUGAAAACCAAAAAGCAUCAUAUUCCAGUGGUCGAUCGCACUCCCUUGGAACCCCCUCCCGUGGUCGUAGUGGUGGUGGGCCCUCCCAAGGUUGGGAAAAGCACCUUGAUAAGAUGCCUCAUUAAGAAUUUUACAAGGCAGAAAUUGGUUGAAAUUCAAGGCCCGGUGACCAUUGUAUCAGGUAAAAAACGGCGGCUAACCAUAAUUGAAUGUGGGUGUGAUAUUAAUGCGAUGAUUGAUCUUGCCAAAGUUGCUGAUCUGGCUUUGAUGCUGAUCGAUGCCAGUUUUGGUUUUGAAAUGGAAACCUUUGAAUUUCUGAACAUUUGUCAGGUCCAUGGCUUCCCCAAGAUCAUGGGUGUUCUUACACACCUGGACAGCUUCAAAAAUAACAAGCAGCUCAAGAAGACCAAAAAGAGAUUAAAGCAUCGGUUCUGGACUGAGGUCUAUCAGGGUGCCAAAUUGUUCUACCUUUCUGGAAUGGUGCACGGAGACUAUCAAAAACAGGAAAUCCACAAUCUAGGGCGGUUUAUCUCUGUGAUGAAAUUCCGUCCGCUGAUUUGGCAGACAACUCAUCCCUACGUCUUGGUAGACAGGAUGGAAGAUUUGACAAACCCAGAGGCAAUCAGGGUUAAUCCAAAGUGCGACCGGAAAGUUUCCCUUUAUGGUUAUCUAAGAGGAGCCCACUUGAAAAACAAAAGCCAAAUACAUAUGGCAGGUGUCGGGGAUUUCACUAUCAGCGAUGUCAGCUUCCUGCCAGAUCCUUGCGCCCUUCCCGAGCAUCAAAAGAAACGAGCCUUAAAUGAGAAGGAGAAACUGAUUUACGCCCCACUCUCGGGGCUUGGGGGCUUGGUGUACGACAAAGAUGCUGUAUAUAUUGACCUUGGGGGAAGCCACUCCCAUCGGGGCAGAGAGGAGCAAGAAAGACCAAACCACGAGCUCGUCCAGACUCUCAUCU